AUGGGCGACACGGGCUCAGCGGCGGUCUCGGCCAAUGAGGAUCCGCCUGUUGCGUGCGCUGCGGCUGCAGAAACGCCGGAGUACACACGCCCUCCCACCUCCCCCAAUCUUUUCUCCAUCCUCCCUCACCAUCCCUCCCCCAUCCUCCCCCCAUCCUCUCCCCAUCCUCCCCCCAUCCUCCCCCCAUCCUCCCCCAUCCGCCUCCCAGAGAGAGUGGUGACGGAGGCAUCAAGGGAAGUGGUGGAGUCGCACGGCAAGGGCGUGGACGGGGGAGGGCGCGGAGCAGUGCAUGGGGAGGCUGCCUAUCGAAGGGGCGAGGGUGACCUUCCUUCCCCCAUCCUUCCUCCAUCCUUCCCCUAUCCUCCCCCCCCAUCCUUCCCCCAUUCCCCCUCCCCAGAGAGUGGUCACGGAGGCAUCAAGGCAAGUGGUGGAGGGGCAUGCAAGGCGUGGACGGGGGAGGGCGCGGAGCAAGAGAGUGGUGACGGAGGUGGCAAGGGAAGUGGUGGAGGGGCAUGGCAAGGCGUGGACGGGGGAGGGCGCGGAGCAGUGCGCGGGAGGCUGCCCAUCGACGGGGCGAGGGCGCUGGUGCAGCUGUAUGGGCUGCCGUGCUCCCCUGAGGGGUUCCUGCACACGCUACUAGAGAGGCUUCAAGGCAGUUAUAACGCCUGUCCCUGUAUCUCCCCCCUCGCCCCUUCCUGCCUGCCUUUGCCCUCAUCCCCCCUCCCUUUUCCCUCAUCCCCCUCCCUUUGCCCCUUCGUCCUUUGGCCCCCCUUCCCCUCGCUUUUCGCAUUUGCCCGGUUAUUUCUCACUUCGGUUAUUUCCUCCACUUUCCGCUUCCCCCCCUGUCUUCGACCAUUUUUUUAUUCCCCCUCUCCUGGUUCUCUACCUCUCCCACCCCUCCUCUUCUCCCCCUCCCCCCCUCUCCCUCCCCCUUCCCCCCCUCCCUCCCCUUCCUCCCCCCUCCCUCCCCCUCUCCCCCCUCUCCCUCCUCUCCUCCUCGCCUCCUCCUUCCUUUGCCUGCUCGUCGCGUUGCCGUCUCUUCCAAUUUUGCCCUUCUCUUCUCACUCCUUUCCCUCGCUUUUCCUCCACUUUCAGCUUUUACCCUCUUCGAUCGUUUUCCGAUUCCCCUUCUGCUUCGCUACCUCUCUCACCCUGCUCCUCCCCCUCUCCCCCCACUCACCCACUCUGCCCCUCUCCCCGCCCUGCUCCUCCCCCUCUCUCCCCACUCUCCUGCCCUGUUCCCCCCUCCUUUCCCCCCAAUCUCCCCCACGCCCCCCCGCGUCCCCCCCCCCGCCCCCCGCUUCUCCCCCUCUCCCCCCUCUCCCCCCCCUUCCCCUCCCGUGCCCCCCGCUUCUCCCCCUCUCCCCCCUCUCCCUCCCCUUCUCCUCCCCCGCGCCCAGGUGGCACCAGGCUAAGUCCUUGCCAGGGGCCCAUCGGCUGCUCUCCCAUCUCACGGCAGCGCACGUGCCUGUAGCCCUCGCCUCCAGCUCACCGCGCGGCAUCAUUGCCACCAAGCUUGCCCUUCAGCCAGGCGGGUAA